AUGUCAUUAACAAAACGCGAGACGUGCCAUAUACGUGAUAACGUAUCCACUGGAGAAGUCCCUAAAAACGAUACAAAAACACGAAAGAAAAAGCCUAAAAAAGCGUGUAAACGAUUAGGCGUAAUGAAGCGAAACCAAAUCGCAAAAUUAAAGAACGCGGUUAAGAAAAAAUGUAAAGUGUUUAAAGUCGUGCGCAAAAAUACACAAAACCGGGUCACACGAUCAAGCGUACCCCCGGAACACGAAAAUGUCGGAAAUUUCCCGUUCAAAGAUGGUAGACGAUAUAGAAAAGACGACGGCUAA